AUGAAAUCCAAUUCCUGGAAACAAAAAACAAUUUCGUCCUUCUUUUCAUCAUUUGCAGCAAAAAAACAAAAGACAGAUGAUCAAACACUGAACGCUUCAUCAAUAUCUGCUGAAACACAAACUGUUCUCUCUGAAACAUCAAACCUAGUUUCUACAGUUGGUGCAAGUGGUAGUGGAGGUAUUGAUUCAAUUGUUACGUGUGGUCAUGAUAUAUCAAAAAUUUCCUCAUUAUCAUCAACAUCAUUAACAUCAAUACUUACCUCUUCUUCAAUAUCUAUUAGUACUAGUCAUUCAUUACCUGAUCUAUCAUCACAACUUGUGUCGGAAUUUAAUAACAAUUACAGCAGCUUUAAAUUUCAUUAUAAUUUUCUUUUUAUUUAA